UGACCUUUCACCGAGUCACACCAGAUUAUUCGCCACAUAACAUCAACAACUUUCGGCGUGUAUGGAUCGUCAGCAAUUGAGCACGACAAUUUACAAACAUGUUACAGCUAUGGCUGCGAUGGAGCAUUGUUUUCUGGUGCCUAGUUCACAAUACAAUUGCUGCUCCUUCAUCUCAUAUUGAUAGUCUUUUAAGAAAUGGCGUAGCGGAAACUGAUCUGAUGGGCCACGAGGACUUUAUUGUUCUCGUCGGAGGAACCGGAACCGGGAAAAGUGCACUCUCAAAAUUUAUCCGAAAGGACGAAUCGAUGAAGAUUGCACAAAACGAGCAGAUGGACUACAUCUUCGUGGACAACGAGGUUAAAAUUGGUAGUCAGAACAGUCACACGUCAAAAACUUUUUUUCCAAACGUUGAUAUUGACCCUAUGACAAAUCUUCCAUUGAUUGAUUGUGCGGGUUUUCGCGACACACGCAGCGCCGAAUUUGACCUAGUUGCGUCGUAUCUAAACAAAAAUAUUCUUGACUCUGCCAAGCGCUUUAAAAUAAUUAUUGUUGAAAACUAUGCCAACGUUUUGCUUAACAAUUUUCGGUCGGGUUUCCUGACGGUGCUGAAGCACUUGGCCAAUUUAAUAAAAAGCAAUAUUGACUCGUUCGGAGGAGCGAUUGGAUUGGUUGCUUCGAAAAUUGAUUCGGGAAAAAGCGAUGCGGCCUUGCUAAUUUCAAUUAAAGUUUACGUCUCUUCGACUCGAGAUUUUCUAUUGGAGCAGCAAAGUGAUGCUGUUUUGGAUGGAGACGAUGCGAAAGUCGAGGAACUUGAACUCCAGAUUAAGAUAACAGAUUAUCUGCUUCAAGGUAAUUACUUCGGACUAUUUCGACGACCUAAUGCACUUGGCAGUCCCUGGAAGUUGGGACCAAUGAUGUUAAAUUACAAUCUGGUGAGAAGGCUCAUGUUCGAAAAACUAAAUUUCUCUUCGCCAUUCAGUGGCAAGUUUAGUGUUUCGGUUGCUCCAGCCACAAUAAAUUACAUCAAUGAGCAUCUUAUUUCCAGCGCAACGGACACGGUUACUACACGUUUUAAAGAUCUUGGCGAAGAAAUGACUAGGAUGUUUGACGAGAGAAUUAACAUGCAACCAUUUGAGAAGCACCUGGAUUACAUCAUCAGUUACAGUGAAACUUCUGCCAGGCAAUUGCAAAACUUGAAGCGAGUAGAAGAUCUUGAGUAUUUUGUCCAGACAAUGAACAUCAAUAAAGAAUUGUGGCAAGAAAUCAUGUUUCAGGCAUCAAAAGUGCGUUUUUUCUACGAAGUUGUGGGGAAAAAAGUCAAUGACUUUGAAGUGACUGCUGCCAACAUGUUUGGUUCCAAAGCAACUUUUUUGCUGCACAUGGAUGAAACUCGUAAAUUUUUCGACUUUUGCAGACGAUUCGUGGCUGAUUUUGACACAUACCCAGUUCAGUCAAUGAACAAUGAAACAAAAUCAAAAUUUAUGGACAUUAAUGAACAAAACUUCAACAUCUGGAGGACUUUGCUCGCAAAAAUUGGUUUUCAUGACAAUACUACUGUUUCUGCUUUUAAUAUUUCGGUAAACGAGGAAAGACUUGACAAGAUCCUGUAUUUGGCUUCAAACAACAUUGGGCGAACAACUAAUGUAAAAGUAGAAUCUGGAGUGGCUACUUUUACUGGCCGUUAUGUGGUUCUUAGUCAGAUUGCUGCUGCAGUUGAACGAAAUGAUCGCAUUGAACAAAUUGUGUUCAUCGCUACCAAAAAGAUUUUUAUUGAUUGUGAUCUGAAUCUGAAAAAUAAGCACUUGAUGAUCAUUGGAACUAUCAUCGAGACCAUUGAUAAAGAAAGGAAGAUCUACAUGAAAGGUGACGACGCACAAGUCCAUGCUGUGAAGAAAGCUCGUGAAUUAUCGCAGAGAGGUGCAAAUGGGUUCAAUGGUUUCAGUUCAGGAGCUGUGACAAUAGUUUCGCUCAACGUAAUUAAUCCCCACCUUCUGGUUUUGCAUUCUGUAGGGGGAGCUGGCAGCGCCGGACAACACGGAGGGGAUGGUUAUUCUCCAACACUACAAAUACCUGACGUAUACGAAAAUCUGGAGGGAAAAUGGGAUGAACUUAAAGAAAAGCUUGCCAGUGCUGGAAUGUCAAAUAAUGAAUUCAUUUGGUUAGGCGAAGAGAGAUUAGAGGUGCCAACCUUGGUGGUCAACUACUUUAAGUAUGUGGGCAAAUUGGAUAUUUUUGUGCGAAAUGAAGCUAGCGGAAAUCCGGGUAACGGCGGCAACGGUGGUGAUGGAGGAAUACCUGCUCAUUUUGGAACGCAAAUGUAUUUUAUAAAAAACAUUUCCUCAAUUGAAAAAGCAAAAAAAAUUUAUGAAACAGGGCUUGAGCCUUUAGGAGGAAUUGGCGGUGACGCGGGUAAACCAGUGAAUGCAUAUAGCUACAGGAAAUAUUACUGUGAGGCAACUACAGAGAACGUUUUUGUUGCAUUCGUUCCUGUGAAACUAAAAACCGAUGGUUAUUACUACUACUGCAGUUCAAAAGAAACAGGAUUCAGCUCGGAUAUGACUCCGAAAGGCAGUAAUGGUCAACAAGGGAAAAGUUAUACAAGUCAAUUAUCAUACAAAUAUGCGCAAGCCUAUAGUAUCUUCCAUGCAAUUGAGGACGUUUUUUCAUUCGCAAUUAAGUCUUCUGCACACCUUCCUGAUGAAUCCGAAAAAAUGGACUUCUUAGAAUACUUCGUCACUGAUUUAGGAAUAGUCAACACGUUAACAAUUGAAAACUACUUGUAUUUAGUGAAGAAUAUGAAUUCCUUUCUCGAGAAAAACAACAAUAUGGGCAAUGUAGAAACAGCCUACUUAAUGCUCUACCGUUCAUUUAGAUCAUUCAUGCAAGAAUGCAAAAAAUGUGACAUUGCACAAUUAAAAGCAGUUGAGCUGUUAUUUAUCAGUCGACUGAACUAUUUGCAGACAUUCUCCAUAGGCAAGCAAAUCGUUCAUCUACCCUCUGCAGCCACAAAACUAAGCAAUAAAUUGUCAACUAUUAAGAGCUCAGUGAAGGAGAUAGCAAUAUUCGCCACUGUUGAAACAGCAAGUAACGAUGCUCGGAAAGAAAUUGAAAAGGCAGGAGAGUUAAUUGAAAACAUACACAAAAAGCAGAUCAGUGAGGUUAAACAUGAGGUGGAUGCAAAGUUUGGAGAUUUGUUAGACAAAACGAAGCAACUUCAGACCGAGUAUCAGAGCAACAUAAAAGAACUAACGGAGCACAAACGUGCUGUGGAAAAGUCAUUGAUAAUAAAAACAGUGUUUGGCACUUUGAAUGUCUUUGCGCAAGUGGCCAGCGUGUUCUUCCCACCUGCUGCUAUGAUUGGAACAACUCUGAACACAUUGGGGUCUGCGAUCUCUCAAAACGGUCAGAAUGUUGAUUUGAAAGCCAGAACAGCUAGGGUGCCUAAAGGACUUGACAAUGCCAUGAAACUUAUUCAGCAGCAUAAGCAGGAAAGAGAACGAGACGAUAACUCGAGAAAAAUUGAACAAUUAAAUGCUUUAAAAAUGGUAAUAGAAACUGAAGCUAGCGUUGGAAACAUAAUUAUAGACGAAGCACAAAGGAAAGCAGUCAAAGAAAUGCUUGUAAAAUACAAGGGUGCACAAAGCAAUGCUACAAAACUAGUGUUCACCAAUCUCUCAGGUCUAUUCGAUUCUGUGGGAAAGGAUCUGACAUCAAGAAUUUCAAAAUAUGAGAAGGAUAAUGUUCCCAAAGAGAAGAUAGAUAAAUUGAAGUUAGCCAACAAAGGCAUGAACUACGUGAGGCAGCUUUCUCUGGCACCAGCUGCAAUUGUUGAUGUAGUAACUGGGUACAUGAACGAUCAGUCCAAGCUUGGACAGAUCAAUGCAGCCAUAGAGUCUAAUAGGGUGGCAUUACAGGAAAUGGCGCGCUACGAGAAAUCUUUGAAUGACAAAUUCAUGCCAAUGCUUGAAGACAUGCUACGGGUCUUUGAAGAUUUGCAAAAAGGUUUAAGAGAUACCAAUUCAGUGAUGCUGCAAUUCAGAAAAAUCAAUAUAAAAAAGCAUGCCCGCCGAUUUGUCUCUUUGAUCAAUAGGUUCACGCAGGAUUUUGUGGAAGAAGGGGAUGGAAUAGGUGACGCGUUCGUUUUUUUGGAAGAGUACAUGUCAAUUUUGAUUGACGCGUACGAUAAGCUGAACGAACUCGAGUACAGAUUGCAGCUCAAGGACUUUCUCGGGCGCCUUCACGGUGGAGAUUGCUCUCGAUCAGAAGAUCCUAAACUGUGCAAUCGGCAGCAGAAGCUAGUGUCAGAAAUUCAUGCUGAUGAAAUGUUUGGAAACUUCCUGUACAUCUUCACAGCAUAUCAGCAAACAUUGUUCCCGUUUGGUGGAUCUAAAACCGGUGUGUUACACUCUACGGUGGCCCAGCUAAAAGAAAACCAUGAUCUUAACCUUGAGGGUAAAGUCGUGAUCCUACAGGAGGGCCUUAACUUGAUUAUCGACGACCUUCACAACAUGCAAGACGCUAUCAUCAAUGACAAAGAGAAGAGUGUGGUGGCAACUGAAUUUAAUUCCAAAUACACAUCCAGCUCUCCCUUUUUCACUUGGAAAAAUUCGAAGUACCAAAAGCAAAUAAAGCAGCUUCUCAAAGGCGAACAGGUGACCCUCUCAGCCUCAGUCAUGAGCCCUGGAGUAAAAAACGCAGUGAAAUUUAAUUCGUUGUUGCUCAACCUUACAUCGUCCGACCCUCAGGUGGCUCGCAAAGUCCACGAGCUACUGACCCACUUCCAGAUCGAGAUGGUGCACACGGGCGAGAGCCACUACAAGUGCGGAGGCACGUAUUAUGUUAUUGGCGGCGACGUUCUGAACUUCAAGAUCAGCUUUGAGAAAAACGAACAGGGAGGUUCCGUGUCCCGAAACACCGUGUUUGAUAAAAUGUCUUACGGCGACGUGCCUCUCAGCCCUUACACCGUCUGGAAAUUCCAAUUGCUGCAUCGUUCCAAUUCAGACAAACGAAAUUUGCUGAACGAGCUGGAACAGAACGCUGACUCGGUCGAUCUGGAACUUGCCGGGGCAGGUUUUUUUGUGGAAGAUGGGGCUCCUAUUUGCGAUUCUGACCUGGGGCAAUAUUACCAAUAUUUUGGUGGUGGGUUUUAGAUAACAAUGUAAUAAGAUGUUAUCGAUGAGAACAUAAUUAUCUUCUAUUUGGUAUAUUAGGAUUUAAACUUAUCGUGUCGGAUAAAAACAUACAUAUAUGUAUUCCAUUAGUUGUGUUAAAUAAAAGCUAAGAUAUAUUUUGCUA